CUGGGACCACAGGGAGGUAGUACUUCCAAUACUGCCAAUACUACCAUACUAUAGUACUUGCAACUCUUGUACCUCUCGUACCCCUCCCAACCUCAUGUAUCUCUCUAUACUAUUUACUACUGUAAAAUACUUCACCCACUGUUCACAGGCUCAACAGCCUCGACUCGUCGUCGCUCUCUCGGUACCCUGAGUGAAGAUCAUGUCCCUAUACGAAUCCUGUUCUUUCGUCACACACCCACACUGUCCACAGUACCACAGUCCACAAGUAACCACCAUCAUCAUCAAUCACCACUCCUGCUUUUGCUAGCCAACGUCGUCUCGUCCUCAACCAUCACGGCCUCACCCGUCGUCGAACCUUCACCCUCAACCUCCCCCAAACUAUAAACUCUCUCCGCGCCCGAACGGACCUCAUUUCGCACUUCCGCUCGUUGCGCCGCUGACCGUCAGCAACACGAAUUCGUCGCUCACUACCCAACCCACCUCAAAUCUGCCAUAGCCGCGCUUCCGCCACUCACCAAGCACCGCCGUGCUCGACGACAAAAACACCUCCCCAAUCCCGAUCCUGCGCCGAUGAGGUGCGGUUGAGCCUCACCGCGUCGUUCUCGUUCUCGUUAUGCUUCUCACCACACUCGUUUCUACGGCAUGGCUCCUCCUCGGAGGCGCCAGAGUCGCCAGUGCUAUCGAACUCAAUAUCGACGAUGAUGAAUCUAUCAAAAAUGCCGCGUCGACGAUUGUCUACGACAUGAUGUUGGAAUACAAGGGGAAUUUGUCAGGACAGACACCGGGAUUGCUUCCUGGGCCGCCUCCGACGCCGUUGGUCCUCAACGCGGGUUACUUCUGGUGGGAGGCCGGUGCCAUGUUCGGCUCCCUCCUCGACUACUGGUACUACACUGGCGACGACUCAUACAACGCUGUGAUCAAGCAGGCGUUGAUUCACCAGUCCGGUGACCACUUCGACUAUCUCCCCCAAAACCAGUCCCUCGGUAUGGGUAACGAUGAUCAAGGAUUCUGGGGCAUGUCCGCCAUGACAGCCGCCGAGUUCAACUUCGAGAACCCCGCAGCAGACGAGCCGCAAUGGCUCGCCCUCGCCCAAGCCGUCUUCCACACCCAGGCCGAGCGUCUCGACCCAACAACCUGCGGCGGCGGUCUGCAUUGGCAAGCCUACAGCUACCUCAACGGGUACAGCUACAAGAACUCCAUUUCUAACGGCUGCUUCUUCAACAUCGGCGCGCGCCUCGCGCUCUACACCAAAAACGCGACGUAUGCCAAGUACGCGAGCGAGACGUGGGAUUGGAUGAGCGGCGUGGGAUUCCUCGAUAAGGACUAUAACAUCUUUGAUGGUGGAGACCAAAAGGAUAACUGCACCGAGAUCAACAAAGUGCCCUUCUCCUACAACGCAGGCAUCUUCCUCCUCGGCGCCGCCACCAUGUACAACUACACCGACGGCAGCGCCAUCUGGAAAGACCGCGUCGAGAAGCUCCUCGCGCGCACAAUCGAAGUCUUCUUCCCCAACGGCAUCGCCUUCGAACUCGCCUGCGAAACCGACCUCUCGUGCUCCGUCGACAUGUACGCCCAAAAAGCCUUCCUAACCCGCUGGAUGGCCGCCUCUACCAAAGUCGCCCCCUUCAUCUACGACACUGUCAUGAAACCCCUGCGCACCUCUGCCGCAGCCGCAGCACUGCAAUGUUCCGGCGCCCCGACCGGUCGCGUCUGCGGCCUCUCGUGGAGCAAGAAGGCGGCGUGGGAUGGGACGCGCGGCGUUGGGCAGCAGAUGGCGGCGCUGGAGGUGAUUCAGAGUCUGCUGAUUAAGAACGCGAGGAAUAUUGUGUCGAAUUCGACGGGGGGGACGAGCGUGGGCGAUCCGAAUGCGGGGAAUGAUGUGGUGGAUUACUCCAAGAUGACGCCGGCGACGACGGGGGGGAAGGUGGGAGCGGGGAUAUUGACGGUGGUGGUUGUGGGGUUGGUAGUGGGGAUGUUUGGGUUUAUGGCUAUUGAUUAGGGGUGGAUGUUGGAAAAGAGAUUUCAAGUUGAAGUCAGGGGGGUGUUGCAUUAGUUUUGUUAACCCGAGGGGUGCCAGGCGUUAUCCCUUUUUUACCACCGCCCCCGUGGAUGGGCAGGGAGGGCGUAUUUUUUCGCUGUACAUUGUUCUAUUUUUUUUUGUCGAUUUAUACGUGGUGCCGGGGAGGUGGGUGGAUGGAUAGGGUGCGCGUGUGUAUGCGCGGCGGACAGAUAUACAUACAGUCAGGAAGGCAGACAGGUAGGCUUGAAGUGGUAAUACCCACGCUGAUAAUGGCGCGUGGUGUGGUGUGCAUAUGCGAGUGGAAGAGGGGAGCAAGCAUGUAUGUAUCAAGACCUAGACCAAACGUAUUUUUCAUCGUGCG